AUGCAUUGAAGAGCGCAUGCAUCAACGUAUGCAUCUUCCAUCUUCCUCACAACAAUCUAAAGCAGUAAAGCCUCAAGCAAGCAACAAUGAGCACUGCAAAUGAACCAGCAGAACCCCUUGCCGAUGGUAUCCUGGCUACUGCCAAACAGGCAUGGGGGGAUCUGUUCAAAUGGAAGCAGCGAGUUGUGGUGACCAACGAGCAUGGUGAGACUCACACAGAAUGGCAAGCCCCGGAUCGUCUUCAGAAUCCCAUCAGUAUGAUGCUGCAGCUGAGUGCCCGGGAUUGGCUGCUUUUCAUCGUUGGUCUCAUUGCAUGGACUGCGGAUGCCUUUGACUUUCAUGCUUUGUCAAUCCAGACUGUGAAGCUCUCCAAGUACUAUGGCCGCUCCAAAACAGAUGUGACCACAGCCAUUACCCUCACUUUGCUCUUGAGAAGCGUGGGAGCUGCGUUCUUUGGUCUUGCCGGUGAUAAGUUUGGACGCAAGUGGCCAAUGGUCCUCAAUAUGAUUGUUCUCGGCGUGCUCCAGAUCGCCACUAUCUACAGCCACACUUUUCAGCAAUUCCUGGCAGUUCGCAGCCUCUUCGGUUUGUUCAUGGGAGGUGUGUAUGGUAACGCAAUCGCCAUGGCUUUGGAACAUUGCCCCGUAAGCGCUCGCGGUCUCAUGUCCGGCAUUCUACAGCAAGGAUACUCCCUCGGAUACGUCCUAGCAGCAUGUGCCAAUCUCGGCGUGGGCGGCGCGACAGAUAGCUGGAAGACGGUCUUCUGGAUUGCAGCUGGCAUCUCCCUCGGCGUCGGCGUCAUCCGCAUCUUUUUCCCCGAAUCGAAGCAAUUCAUCGAAGCCAAAAAGGCAGGGAGAGUCUCCUCCGACCCUGGAGCCUUCUGGCGUGAAACCAAACAAAUGCUUGCCCAAGAAUGGAAGAUGUGCGUCUACUGCGUCAUCCUCAUGACCUGGUUCAACUACUACUCACACACCUCGCAAGACUCCUACACAACCUUCAUGCUCACACAAAAAGACCUGAACAAUGCCGCCGCCUCCCGUGCCUCUAUCCUCAUGAAAACUGGCGCCUGCGUCGGUGGCACCAUUAUCGGCUAUCUCUCACAGUUCUUCGGUCGCCGUCGCGCCAUCAUCGUCUCCGCCAUAAUAUCGGGCAUUUUGAUCCCGGCCUGGAUCCUACCUGAAGGCGAGCGCGCCCUCAGCGUGACGGGCUUCUUUAUCCAAUUCUUCAUCCAGGGCGCAUGGGGCGUGAUCCCGAUCCAUCUCAACGAGCUGUCGCCUCCUGCUUUCCGGUCUUCUUUUCCUGGAAUAACCUACCAAGUCGGGAACAUGAUUUCCUCUCCUUCCGCACAGAUCGUCAACGCAAUUGCCGAAAAGACCUUCGUGACUUCUUCAUCGGGGAAGCCUGCUCCCGCGUACGGACCCGUUAUGGGUGUCGCUACGGCUAUAAUUGCGACGGGUAUUGCCGUCACCACUGCGUUUGGGCCUGAGAAGCGCGGCCGUCGCUUUGAGACGGCUGUUGCGGGGGCGCAGGAUGCUGAUGCGGCGACGCUGCAGAAGGAGGUAAAGCUUGAAGAAGGGUUGAAGGGGGAUAUUGAGGAGAAGACUGAGAAGGUUUAAGUUGGGAACUAAUGUGUUCUCGGGUGAGUGAAUCCUGUGGCGGCGGUGGUUAGUUUUCCUAUAUUUAUGACUGGGCUAGUUUAGUCACUUGUAGU